CGCGCGCGAGCAAAGAAGGGGAGGGAGAGGCCGCGGGCGCGCCGCGCGGGAAAAAUUGGCGCUCAGGCGGGCGGGAAGGGCGCGCAGGCGGGAAGGGCGGGAAGGGCGCGCAGGCGGGCGGGAAGGGCGGGUGGAUUAGUCGAAGGCCAAUCGAUGUGCCUCCAAUCCACUAUUCUCUCUCAUCUCUCCGCGGAACUGCUGCGUCCGCCCCUCCGCCGCAGCCACCCCUCCGCCACGGGCCUGCCCCUGCAGUCGCCGCUGGCGUGCCGCGUCCGCCGCGAGCCUCCUCCACCGCGUCUGCUCUGCUCCUCUGCUCCGCGACCCACCCUCAGGCUUCAGCCUUCAGGAUGUCUGAGACAGAGAGUGCUGCUGCUGAUGUUGCUGCUGUUGAUGUUGCUGCUGAUCCUGAGAGUCAUCUUAAGAGGAAAUCAAAUGAUAUUGGAUGGCAGUGGGGAAGGCUAUUUGAUCCAAACAACUAUAGUAAAGUGAAGUGCCUUCUUUGCGGCCAUGAGAGCUCAGGAGGCAUUAAUCGAUUCAAGCAGCACCUUGCAUGUGAAGGGACUGGUGUUCUCCAUUGCCCAAAAGCAACACCUGAAAUCAAACAAAAGUGCAAAGAAGAUCUUGAUAGACCAAGAAAGAAGAAAAGAGAUAAGGCGCAGGCAGAGGCAGAUUUGAGAGGUGGUGUGGUGAUUGCAGGAAGAGAAGGGUCAGAGGCUGAAUCCAAGGCUGGAAGCUCAAGCACCUCUGAUGGUUCUGCUGCUUCAAGUCAGAAGCUAGGUCCCAUGGAUAGAUGGGCACGUCCUAUUGAUCCUAAAGCAACAAGAGAAGAAGCUAAGAGGCAGCAGAAUAUAAAUGAAGCGCUUUGGAAGGAAAGGACACAUCAAGUGCAGCAAUAUGUUGCGAGAUGGAUAUACAAUCAUGGCAUUGCAUUUAAUGCAAUUGACAACGAUGAGUUCAUAGAAAUGGUUGAGGCCAUUGGCUGUUUUGGUCCUGGUUUUAGACCUCCUUCCCAACAUGAUCUUCGAGAGAAGUUGCUGGUAGAGGAGCAUGCAAGGAUGAAAUCCUUGCUGCAGGAACGUGAAGAGGGAAAAAACAAAAAUGGCUGUUCAGUCAUGACUGAUGCUUGGACAGAUAUGAAGAGGAGUAUUAUGAAUGUGUGCACACAUACAGCUGAGGGGGCAAGUUUCAUGAAGUCCAAAGAGAUGUCAGAUGUGUCACAUACAAGUGAAGUCAUAUUUAAAAUAGUGGACAAAGCAAUUGAUGAAUUAGGAGCAGAAAAUGUGGUGCAAGUUGUGACAGAUAAUGCCUCCAACAACAUGGGAGCAAAAACAUUGAUGUUAGAGAAGAGGCUAAACAUUUUUUGGAGCUCUUGUGCAACUCACACAAUCAAUUUGAUGCUCCAAGGCAUUGGCAACCUGCCAAGGUUUAAGAAAACAGUUGACCAAGCAAAGGCAUUCACUAUUUUUGUGUAUGGGCAUCACCGAACCUUGGCAUGCAUGCGGUCUUUCACCAAGGAGAAGGAUAUCAUAAGGCCAGGGGUGACCAGAUUUGCCACCAACUACCUUACUUUGCAAAGUUUGAUGGAUAAAAAAGAUGCACUAAGGAAGAUGGUGGUUGAUGCAAAGUGGGAGGAAAUACCAGAUGUGAAGUCAAGAAAGGGAAAGGAUGCAACAGCCACUAUGUUGAGUACUCCUUUCUGGAAGAGUGUAGCACUUUGCCUUAAGGUUUUUGAACCUUUGGUGAGACUACUUCGUUUGGUUGAUGGGGAUGUCAAGCCAUCCAUGGGUUUCCUGUAUGGAGAGCUAAUUAAGGGAAAGAAGGAGGUUAAGGAGGCCUUUGGCAAUGUGGAGAAGAACUACAAGGAUGUCAUGGCUAUUGUUGACAAGAAGAUGAAGAACAGACUUGAUUCUCCCUUGCAUGUUGCUGCAUACAUGCUGAAUCCAUACUACUCCUAUAAAGAAGCUUCCAUCUUUGAUGAUCCAAAUGUUAUGGAAAAGUUCAUGCUUUGUUGUGAGACAUACUUUAAAGGUGAUGAAGAGAAAGAGUACUUGGCUGUGAAUGGAGAUUUUGACAAGUUUCGGACGAGGCAAGGUUCCUUUGGAAAGAAGAUGGCAAGAAGCUGCGAAAAAUUUGAAUUUAGUCCUGCAUCUUGGUGGAGGCUCUAUGGAGGUGGAGCACCAACUUUGCAGCAUAUGGCUACUAGAAUCCUCUCAUUGACAGCAAGCUCCUCCUCCUGUGAGAGGAAUUGGAGCAACUUUGAAUCUAUACAUACCAAGAGAAGAAAUAGACUAACAACAGAGCGCCUCAGUAUGUUAGUCUAUGUGCAAUUCAAUGCACGGUUGCUGUCCAAGAAGGAGAAAAUCAGCAACAAGAAGACUUAUGAAGUCCUCUUAAGCAAUGAUGCUGCUGAAGCACAAGGGUUUUUGUAUGAGGGAGGGGAUGACCAAGCUUUGGUUGUGUUUAAAGACCCAGAUGACGAGGGUGAGGGUGAAGUUCCUGGAACUGGGAUGUCAUGGGCUGUUCUUGGAGAGGCAAUUGGAGCAAACGAGCAGCUGCAACCUCGUAGGAGUGGAAGAAGGGCCCAGCCUACUAGAGAGAUUCAUGAGGAAGAGUUUGAAUCUGAAUCCGAAGACUAUGAGGAAGAACAGAUUCCUUUUGAGGAUGAUGAAGAUGAAAUCUUAGGAGCAAAUUCCUUUGAGGAUUGAGGCUGUGGGCUGUGGCAAUUUGUGUGUUAUCAAUUAUCAUGUGUGCUGUCCUAUGUGUUGUAAUGCUAGCUGCUACUGCUAGCCAUGCUACCAAGACCUUUUAUUUGCUUCUCAUUUGAACUUUGAACUACCAGCUACCUAUGUUCAGUCAUAUAUCAUAUAUGUGCUGUGCCAUGUGCUAUCUA